AUGGAAGUUAGCCUCCUUGACAUUGAAUACCGAUGCAAGCAUGAAAGAGGUGAUACUGGCCAAGGAGCAAGAACAUGGAUAAAACAAAUUUUGAACCAAGACAUGGCUUUCCAACAUAUAAAAGUAAUUUACCCGACAGCCCCUGCCAGGCCAUAUACACCAAUGAAAGGAGCCCUUUCCACUGUGUGGUUUGACAGAUACAAGAUCUCCAAUGACUGUCCAGAACACACUGAAACCAUUGAUUCCAUGUGCCAUGGCCUUACAGACUUGAUCAAUGAGGAGAUUAAAAGUGGCAUCACAAAGAAUAGGAUAUUAGUAGGAGGCUUUUCAAUGGGAGGUGGAAUGGCAAUGCAUUUAGCAUAUAGGUUUCAUCGCGAUGUGGCAGGAGUCUUUGCACUUUCUAGUUUUCUUAACAAAGAAUCUUCUGUUUACCAGGCUUUGAACAGGAAUGAAGGUGACCUUCCAGAAUUAUUUCAGUGUCACGGAACAGCAGAUGAUCUAGUUCUUUACUCCUGGGGUGAAGAGACCAACAAGAUGUUAAAGUCGCUGGGAGUGCCAACAACACUCCAUACAUUUCCAAACCUUAAUCAUGAAUUAAGCAGAACUGAAAUAGAAAAGCUAAAAACAUGGAUUAUAAAGAAAUUGCCCAUUGAGGUAGCAAAGACAAAUGAAUAAAAGAUAGAGCUUUCAUGUAC